AUGGACCAAAUACUGCUAUGUCUUUGCUUUCUGCUCGCAGUUCGGGCUGUGAUUGUCAUACGGCGGCUGUACUUCCACCCUUUGUCUGCAUAUCCUGGAACAAAGCUCGGCAUUGCAUCCCCGACGCUUUACAAGCUAUACAGGAACUUCAAACGACGUGGACAGUUCAUUUUCGAGAUAGAACAGCUUCACCAGAAACAUGGCCCGAUAGUGCGCAGCGGAAUCAAUGACCUACACAUCAAUGACCCCAGCAUAUAUUUACAGAUCACCAAGAUCGGGUCUCGAUUUCGAAAAGACCCCAAAUUCUAUGACCGCAUUUCUUUCCGCAACACUUCAUUAGGAUUCUUGGACCCCUAUCAGCAUCGUGCAAGGCACUCAAUCCUGGUCAACGCUGCAUUCUCGCCAACACCGAAGAAUAUUCAACACCUAGCACGUCUUGUCGAGCAAAAGGUGACAAAGCUUUGUGACCGAUUUGAUACAUGGGCAGUAGAAGGAAUCCCGGUGAACAUUCACAAGGGCAUGAAAGCGCUUUCUAUGGAUGUAAUCAGUGAACUUACCAUGGGCCGAAGCUUCGGAUGCCUGGACCACCCUACUUUCAGCAAUGUGUUUCUAGAACAGCUGCAUUCCAUCUUCCAAGAAAUGACAUGGAUGCAGAAGAUUUUAUUUACAGUCGCCAAGGUCUCUCUUUCGACUCCGCCGUGGAUGUUCAGAUUCGUUCACCCGCCCACUAUGGUCAUGAUGAAAGAAUUGGCGAAGCCGCUCAUCCGGGAUUACGUCGACAGCAGAAAAGGAGAGGUGUCGAAUGAGCAAUCUCUUCAGAAGGCAGUCAUUAUCGACGCGCUUACUAGUCCGUCAGGCUCGAAGAACACCAAGCCACUAGAUUUCGAAACGUUAUCAGAAGAAGUUGUCACGCUUCUAACAGCAGGCGGAGACACCGUCUCCUCAGCACUCAUAUAUGGGAUCUACCAUAUAUGUAGAAACGAGCAGGUGCACCGAAAACUCGUGGAAGAGCUACUGACUGCUUUCCCUGCGACAGAUGAUGUGUCAUAUCAAGGGGCGCACAGUCUUCCAUAUCUGAAUGCUUGCAUAAAGGAAAUUUUGCGUACUGGCAACCCUCUACCGGGACGCUUGCCUCGGGUAGUGCCCCAAGAAGGGUUUGAUCUUUAUGGACGGCACAUUCCUGGCGGAUGUGUCUUCAACACUUCUGCGUAUCUGUUGAACCGUCAUCCAUCUAUCUGGGACCGACCGGAUGACUUCGAUCCUGACAGGUGGCUGAAAUCUAACUCAGGUUUAUUGGAACAAUACAUGGCAUCCUUUUACAGAGGUACACGUCAAUGUCUUGGAAAGGACCUUGCAUGGUGCGAACUAUACGUCAUGCUCGCCAGACUCUUUCGCCAGUUCCAUGUAGUCAUACACGACACUUCGGAUGCUGACAUGGAGUGGAUAGAUGCAGUUCUUAUAGUGUUCAAAGGCAAAAAUCUGAAAGCCAUGCUGUCGCGGCGGGACACGUAAUAAGUUGAAAAAGCCUUUAAAUACUACAUUAUCUGUACUGCAUUUGUUACUUUCUGCACUCUUUGGAGGUUAUGUGCCAAUAAAUUCCAACAUUUGUGCACAGAUCUGAGCCGGGAUGGUGAAA